CUUCUUUCGGGAAAUGGGCGCGUAGUAGUGGUGCCUAGGGGGUGGGGGGAAGGGCCAGGGAGAAUGCCCGCGUCGCGUGACUCCGGGCCUGGCCUUGGGAAGCCCUGUCGCGCCGCGGUGGCCUUCACCCCGGCCCCACCCCUGGCGGUCAGCCCGGGGCUGAUGAUGGACUGAGAUGCGAUGCGGGGCGGGAUCACUCACCACCCACAGCGACUCUUCAGUCGGAGCCAGCGACUCUUCUUUGGCUUAGACAGUGCUUUUAGAAACCACCAUUUUUUAAUAGAUAGUUUCAUACUUUAAAAACUGUCUAGGGUUCCACCUGAGAACUGAGAAGACCUGGCCAGGCAGCCAUCAGUCUUUUGCACAGUGCACAAGUUCCUUACUUUUUUUUCCCCGCUGCUGUGAUAGAAUCUUUCUCCCAAGGCAGGAACCAAAUGCCUGCCUGCACCUCACCCACCCUGCCAUGGCCCAGGUCUGCAUCAACGAGCUGCCCGAGAACAUCCUGCUGGAGGUUUUCACGCACGUGCCGGCCUGCCAGCUGCUACGCUGCCGCCGGGUCUGCAGCCUCUGGCGCGACCUCAUCGACCUGGUGACCCUGUGGAAGCGCAAGUGCCUGCGGGAGGGCUUCAUCACGGAGGACUGGGACCAGCCUGUGUCUGACUGGAAGAUCUUCUUCUUUCUGUGCAGCCUCCGCAGGAACCUCCUGCGCAACCCACGAGCUGAAGAGGGUAUGACAUCCUGGCAGAUCGACUCCAAUGGGGGAGAUAAGUGGAAGGUGGAGAGCACCCCCGGAGGGCACGGGACAAUGUUUCCUGACUCCAGUGUCGAGAAGUACUUUGUCACAUCCUAUGAGAUGUGCCUCAAGUCCCAGAUGGUGGACCUCAAAGCUGAGGGCUACUGGGAAGAGCUACUGGACACGUACCGGCCUGACAUCAUAGUUAAGGACUGGUUCGCUGCCAGAUCAGACUGUGGCUGCACCUACUGCAUCCGUGUACAUCUGACCUCGGCCAACUACAUUGUCUUGGCCUCCUUUGAGCCCCCACCUGUGACCAUCGAACAGUGGAGUGACGCCAGAUGGAGAGAGGUCUCCCACACCUUCUCUGAUUACCCCCCUGGCGUCCGCUACAUCCUCUUCCAGCAUGGGGGCCACGACACCCAGUUCUGGGCAGGCUGGUAUGGACCCCGGGUCACAAACAGCAGCAUCAUCAUCAGCCCUAAGAUGACCAGGAGCCUGGCCCCUGCUGAGGCCCAGCCUGAGACCACAUAGGGCAUGAGGGGCAUGAGGCUGGCUAAGUGCCCUCUACACCCAGCUGCGAGGUCUCCGUAUCCUGCGUUCUUCGGAUCAUCCCCCACCUGCCGGCUACCAGCCACCCCUCCCUGCUCCAGGAGAUCCUGCCUCAUCCACCAGUUUGUGGUAACUUUGUCGUUUUUGCCAUAAUAAACGUUUUCAGUA